AUGGAUAGUACUUUUACAUUUACCUAUACUGGUAAAAAACAUAGAUAUUUUCUUCAGAAUAAAGAUAAAAAAUAUGAUAUGAGAGAAGAUAACUUUUUCCUUCCAAGUUAUGAACGUCAAGCUCCUGAUUUGGAACUCACGAUCGACUAUAACUUUGAUGAAAAAGUAAAACAACAUUUAAAGUAUUUUAACAAUAUUACUGCAAGUGUUAUCUCUAAUAUUAAAAUAAACUAUGAAUUUAACUAUCAAGUUCAUCAUAUUUAUUUCAAUAUUAACAAAAAGACACAUAACUACGAAUUGGUUGACACCAAGAUAGAAACUAUCAAGAAACAGCAAGUAAUAAAUCAUAGUUACAAUAUUACCAACUAUUUAAAAGAGUAUCUUGAGGAUAUGAAUACCUCUGCAUUCAGGACAUAUGCCACUUUCAGAGAUGCUAGGAGAUAUCCUCUAGUUACUUCAUAUCAUCCAGACGAGAGUUGUAAACGAACGGUCAUCUCUUGGUUCGAAGCAAGAUACACUUACGUAUGGGGUAACGAGUUGAAUGCCAGGAACGAAGCAACUAAAUUAGAGCAAGAAGAAAGAACUUCGAGAGCCAAGAGCGAAGUCGACCUAGUGGAGGCAGUCAAUAACAAAAGAAUUGUAAAACUGUACAUUCGUGAUUUCGACCGUUCAUUUUUCGAAGUUGAUAGUCUCUCUGGACAAAAGCUCAAAAUGGAAAUUUCAAGAAAAGCCAAUUUCAUCCAAUUUAUCAAGAAUAAUGGAUUCAACCCAACUCCAUCAGACCCAAAUCUAUUCGUUUUUGGAACUGUUGUUCCAUUCUAA